GUCGGCGCCGGGCCUUGCCGGCUGGAGCGUGUCGGCACCGCACCGUGUUGGUGUUUUGGCUCGCAGGGUGUUUCAUUGUCGCGGUGCGGGACUUACUGCGAACUAUCCAAUCUGGGGUCGUAUUUGGUUGAGUCGAAAGUGAAAUUUUCCUUCGGCCUACUUGACAGGUCUUUGUUUGGUGGUAAAAAGGGUGCUAGAGCCCCCUCGUUCUACUGCCACUGGAGGGCGCGUAUCUCGUUUCUUGCUCUUCAAACCUGCUCUAAGGAAUUCCUAGAUCUAAACACCAGCAUUUGACAUUGUGCAGCAAAGAAAUGGUUAUGGAGAAGCCCAGUCCGCUGCUUGUAGGGCGGGAGUUUGUGAGGCAAUAUUAUACUUUACUGAAUAAAGCUCCAGAAUAUUUACACAGGUUUUAUGGCAGGAAUUCUUCUUAUGUUCAUGGUGGAGUAGAUGCUAGUGGAAAGCCCCAGGAGGCUGUUUAUGGCCAAAAUGAUAUACACCACAAAGUAUUAUCUCUGAACUUCAGUGAAUGUCAUACUAAAAUUCGUCAUGUGGAUGCUCAUGCAACCUUGAGUGAUGGAGUUGUUGUCCAGGUCAUGGGUUUGCUGUCUAACAGUGGGCAGCCAGAGAGGAAGUUUAUGCAAACCUUUGUUCUGGCUCCUGAAGGAUCUGUUCCUAAUAAGUUUUAUGUUCAUAAUGAUAUGUUUCGUUAUGAAGAUGAAGUAUUUGGUGAUUCUGAACCAGAACUUGAUGAAGAAUCAGAAGAUGAAGUAGAAGAGGAACAAGAAGAAAGGCAACCAUCUCCAGAACCUGUGCAAGAAAACACCAACAGUGGUUACUAUGAAGCUCAUCCUGUGACUAAUGGCAUAGAGGAACCUUUGGAAGAAUCCUCUCAUGAGCCUGAACCUGAGCCAGAAUCUGAAGCAAAGACUGAAGAGCUGAAGCCCCAAGUGGAGGAGAAGAAUUUAGAAGAAUUAGAGGAGAAAUCUACUUCUCCUCCUCCUGCUGAACCUGUUUCUCUGCCACAAGAACCACCAAAGGCUUUCUCCUGGGCUUCAGUGACCAGUAAAAACCUGCCUCCUAGUGGUACUGUUUCUUCCUCUGGAAUUCCACCCCAUGUUAAAGCACCAGUCUCACAGCCGAGAGUUGAAGCUAAGCCAGAAGUUCAAUCUCAGCCACCUCGUGUGCGUGAACAGCGACCUAGGGAACGACCUGGUUUUCCUCCUAGAGGACCAAGACCAGGCAGAGGAGAUAUUGAACAGAAUGAAUCUGACAACCGUAGAAUAAUUCGCUAUCCAGACAGUCAUCAACUUUUUGUUGGUAACUUGCCACAUGAUAUUGAUGAAAAUGAACUGAAAGAGUUUUUCAUGAGUUUUGGAAAUGUUGUAGAACUUCGCAUCAAUACCAAGGGUGUUGGGGGAAAGCUUCCAAAUUUUGGUUUUGUGGUUUUCGAUGACUCUGAACCAGUUCAGAGAAUCUUAAUUGCAAAACCAAUUAUGUUUCGAGGGGAAGUACGUUUAAAUGUGGAAGAGAAAAAAACAAGAGCUGCAAGAGAGCGAGAAACCAGAGGUGGUGGUGAUGAUCGCAGGGAUAUCCGGCGCAAUGAUCGAGGUCCUGGUGGUCCACGUGGAAUAGUGGGUGGUGGAAUGAUGCGUGACCGAGAUGGGAGAGGACCUCCUCCAAGAGGUGGCAUGGCACAGAAACUUGGCUCUGGGAGAGGAACCGGGCAAAUGGAAGGUCGCUUCACAGGACAGCGUCGCUGAAGCUCCACUGUUGGCAAAGUCUUAGCAGUGGUACAUAAUUCAUCGUGUUUGCAUUCUUGUUAUUUUUUUUUUUUUUUUGGCUUUGGAAUGUGACACAGCCUUUUUGAUCAUUUCUUUGAUGUGAAAAGCAUCUUUUGGUUAUCAGUUAAAUUGAGGUGGACAUUAUUUCCCCAAUUUCACAACAGGAUUCACAUUAAUUUAUAAAUCUAGACUUGGAGAUUUGAGGACUGAGAAAUGACCAUAUCUAAACUAUCUACAACAAAAUGAACUUAAAAGGACAUGCCCAACUGAAUUCAGGUCCUUUGAGUCAAAAAAUCCUCUGCUGCACAUUUUGUUUAAGUGUUACUGUUUCUGCCUAUUAAUGUUGGAAACACAAUUAGUGCAAUUUGUGCAAUUGGAGAAUCUUGCCUUUUUUCUUGGCUCCCCCCCAAAUACAAACCAACAGAAACUUGUUAUGCACUCAUCAAAAAUGCACUAAUGGGUACUUUGAACUCAUUAACAUUGACAUCUGCGACAGGAGGCAACAGGGGGAAAAAAAUCAUCUUUUUUCCAGUAGAGAAUAGUUUGUGAAAUGAUGAGGGCAUUUUAUCUGCUUGCUGUGACCAGCGUAUGUACACAUAAACCUUAACAAGACUACAAGUAUAUUCCAGAAGGAAAUCAUUUAGUUGUGAACUAAGUAACAAAAUCAGAACUUCAGAUGCUAUGGUCUUGACUAUUAGACCAGAUUUAGUAGCUCCAUAUCUAAGAUUUUUCUACCUGCCCCUCUUCAGUACAGGGAUGGCUGGCUGCUCAACACACUCCUCCUCCCCUUUUCCUUUCUUUAAGCUGUGUACAGUGAAAAUUGUCUUUACUGUAUUUUUGUUCUCUGGUAAUGUAAUAAGCAUGAUGGUGCCUUCUAUUAAUACAUCAUUCCAGUCUUGCUGGUAAUUUUGUACAGUAUAGUGUAUGAAUUGCUGUGCUGCAAAGCCAAACAGCUGCAAAAUGUUGAAAAUCAUUGAAGUGUAUAAAAAUUGCAGUAUCUUUAAAAUCAGUAAAA